UCGAGCGGAUAUGAAAGGAGGGCAGAGCUAGUCCUCAAACCCUUUGAAGAAGAAGAUCCUUGGGGAGGUAAGGAUGUUCAGUGGAUGAUGGAGUUUGCGCUGGCAAGUUCGCAUAGUCUGGUGGAAGACAUAAGAACGAUCGAGGAAGGACCAGGCCAGGUAAAACGGCAUGAGGAUCUGAUGGGAGGAAUGUAUCUCCUCGUCAACACGCUAUUGCAGGAAAGCCUCGACCACUCAGGCUCGUUGAACCCGACAGGGAAUGUGGACGAAGUGCCCAAAAGCCAGGACGACGAGUUCGAGGAGGGGGAGAUUAAGGAGGUCUUUCGUGCGGAGGAGUAUGAUGGGAUCUAUCUAGAGCUGGGGCUUCUCUUGUCUUGCGAGAUGCGGCUAAGGGAUGCAAGCGAUAGGGCUCAGAAGAUGCUGCAGCGCUACUUAGUGCGAGAUGGCCACCUUUUCGUAAGAAGAGAAGUGCGGAAUCCCAGGAGAGUCGUCUGCGGUAGGAACCGCCAGAUUGACGUCGUAGCAGCACUUCAUGAUGGCAUUGCAAGAGGGGAUCGAAGGAUAGGGACGAUAGAAGAAAGGAUCCAGGAGGCGUCUGAUAAGGUGGCGAGAAGCCGUAUGGAUGAUAAGGCUCGAUGGGAUCAGUCUGCGCGAGUGAGGAAAGUACCCUUGGCAGUUGGAGAUGUCGUGCUUCUCUACGAUUCAUCGCUGGAAAAAAAGUGGUCCAGGAAACUCGAUAAGAGGUGGUCUGACUUUACGAAGACAGCCAUGCCAAGAGGAGGGAAGAGGACAUGGCCGCCUCAAAGGUCGUUGGGAGCAUCAAGAGGAUAUGAGCGGCAUGGGCUUCGCCAUCGAGAGAGUACUCCAGUGUACGAUGAUGGGGACAUCGAGCUAUUCCUGGACAGCUUCAGGGAUCAUGCGAAGCGUAUGGGCUGGACCGUGACCCAGGCGAUUGAGAGACUAAGGGGAGCACGCAGAUUCGAGGAACCCGUCGCGCGGAUCCGUAGGGAGGCGACGACGAGAUCAAAGGUGGAGUGGAGGAUGCAGGAGCUGCGACCCUCGCCUGUGGGACCUGAUGGCAGGCCGAUCCGCCUGGACAUUGAAAAUGCGUCGGACUUCAUCCCCGCGUUUGAGUGGUUCAUGCAGGGGCAGGGUAUACCGAGAGAUGAUUGGAUGCAGACGCUACCACUCUGGACCAGGAAGGCGGAAAGGCCACUGGCUAGCCAAGUCAAAUGCAUGGCCCGGGACUGGGAGAGCAACAGGGCAUAUCUGAGAGAGGCCUUUCGACGACCAGAGCCCCCUCAGCCCAGAGUUGAGAGGCGUCAGAGGAGUCAGAGGCAGAGGGACCCUGAGCCAAGGGAGGCGAGACCAUCUCGAGGAGGACGAAAGGCCCUAGCUAGGAGAGAGGAGGAGCCAGAGCCAGAGGCUGAGGAGCGAGGCGCGUACCCUGAGUGUGGGUUGGGACCAGUGGAGUUUCAUCGUUUUGCCGAAGGUGAAUUGAGGAGGUCGCCAGCACGCACACAGGAGGGGCCGCCAGCGUCUAAGGAGCCUUUGAGGGAGUUGGAGGCGCACUUAGAUAUCUCUCAGUGGAGAGCGUCGCCUCGGGGUGAGGAGUGUGGAGAGCAGGCAGAGGAGGUGCCACGAGAGGAAGUGCCACGAGAGGAGGUGUCGCAGGAGGAGGUCAAGGACACUCAGCGGGAGAGAGGGAUGGACGAUGAGGGAAGACGUGCAGGGAAGGAAGUGAUAGAGGUUGGAGAGGACACGCCCCCUCAGACACCAACGGGAGAGGUGGACAAGCGAGAGAGCAGCCGACAGGGAGAGCAGAGGCAGUCAGGACAUGGUUUGCUAGGACAGCCAUCUGCAGCAGAGACUUGCCAGAAGCCACCUAUGGGGAGAGUCAUCCUGGAGCUUGAGGAGGCGAGAGCUCAGAGGGAGGCAGAGAGAGAGGCCUUCGAGUUCAGAGCCCCUACUGAGCUCGCAACGCUACCUAUAGCAGCGGCGGGCCCAGUCAUACCAUUGGCAGUUGAGGAGGGAUUACCACCAUCCAGCAGUGAGCCGGCUCAGGGCUCAGCAGAGGGAUCUAUGGACGUGCUCAUUGAGGCAGUGCACUCGAUGCAAGAGGAGGCGAGCUUGUUUUCGCAUGAGCAGAGGAUAGAGGAGCCUCUUGAGAGAGAGAUAGGGAUUGAGGCGGAGGGUGUCAUCGAGGGAAGGCUCCAGAGGUUGGGCACACCUGAGUAUGGGCCAGGGGGGAUUGAGGAUCGACCAGGGUCGAGUACCCUGGAGGUGGAGACAAGAGAGGAGCCUUUGGAUAUGCCUCAGAGCCAUGAGCUGAGCAGGGAGGCUAGCGAAGCACCAUCGUAGCCAGGGUCUCAGAGAGGAAAGAAGAGGUCCAGGAAGUGGUUCGAUACGUCCUGUUUCUUUUGUACCAAGGAGGGGCAUCGAGCCUUGCAGUGUCCUAAGU